CAAUCAAAAGCACAGGAAGAGAAAGAGGGGUGGAGAGGGGGCUGGCACAACAGAAGGGAGAGCAGGGAGGGAAGGAAAGUCAUUUUUGUCAGAGUCCUCCAGUCCUGAGCACACUCUGAGAAAUAAAGAGAGAGAGAGGGCACAAAGAGGGCCAGUCUUUCUGAUCAGUGAAGAUUUGUGUGACCAUGCAUCUGGUGGCUGUCUUCCUCUUGUCUGCCCUGCUUCCACUCUCUCUCUCCCAUGGGAACGACCCGUUAGGCUGGCUGUAUGGCCGAUGGAGCCACAAAUACUCGCUUGCUUCCCUGCAGGCAUCCUCCUCAGGAGGGGAGUGUCCUGAGGAGUGUGACUGCCCCCCCACCUUCCCUAUUGCCAUGUACUGUGAUGGGCGGGGCCUGACUGCCAUGCCAACCAUCCCGUCCCGCAUCAAAUACUUGUACCUCCAAAACAAUGCCAUCACGACUGUACCCGAUGCAGCUAUGGCCAACGCAACUAGUUUGGUGUGGCUCAUGCUGCAUCACAACCAGCUGACAUCUGAAGGCAUUGGCAAGAAGGUGUUUCUGAAGUUGGAGGGACUCGAGCGUUUGUAUCUACAGCACAACAACUUGACCAGCAUUCCUGCAAACCUUCCUCGCUCUCUGCGAGAUCUGAGAAUCAACCAUAACAAAAUUGAAAAGGUGACACCUGCAGAACUCGAGGGAAUGGAUAACCUCACCAUCCUGUAUCUCCACGAUAACGCGAUCUCAGACAUAGGGUCGUCACUGAAGGCUCUGAAAUCCCUCACUCUGCUUGACAUCAGUGGCAACAAGUUGACCAAGAUCCCGGAUGGUCUCCCUGAAUAUCUGCACCAGCUCUACCUGGAGUUCAACUCCAUUGACUCUCUACCUGAGGGCUUCUUGGGCCGUUUCACUCAGCUGCAGUAUGUGAGGAUGGCCCACAACCAGCUAACAGACAAGGGAAUCCCUCCUAACACCUUUAAUGUGACUGGGCUGGUGGAGCUGGACCUGAGCUUCAACAAGCUGGAGCGAAUCCCAUCCAUCAGCACCACACUGCAACAUCUUUAUCUGCAAGCCAACCAGAUCAAAGAGUUCACUCUGGGUAGCUUCUGCAGUGUAGUGGACGUGACAAAUUUCUCCAAACUGCAAACCCUGCGACUGGAUGGGAACGAGAUCAGCCGCCUGGACAUCCCUUCAGAGUCAGCCCUUUGCCUGCGCCAGGCUUCCUCCAUCGAGGUCUGACCACGCACACCACACAGCUUGCUGCAAUCUGCUCUCAAGGCUUAAUUUACAACAUACACCAACAGUGUAGCACAUUUUUUUUUUUUGUGACUAGUGUCAAAACCUAAUUACAGAGAGGCGAUGGUUUGGUUUACUGCUGACUGAUCAGCUUAUAUGAGCUAUUAUCCAUCAAAUAACAGCACAUAAGCUCAAUAAAGUGUUCCAGCCACACAUGGCCUUUCUUGGACCCUGAUCCUACUUAUACUUUGCUACGAGGAUCAAUGACCUUUAUAACCAAUGUUUGUAGUUUGAGGCUAUUCUUUUUCUGUGUUUGUCUUCUUGCCUUUUUUUAUUUUGUCUCAUAAAAUGAUGAUUUCUUUUUUAAUAUGUAUAAUCUGAAUUAUGUUGCUUCAUAACAGAAUCAGAUAGGACACUAUAACACUUUAUGAUGAUGUUUGCUGCAUGUAAAUAUCCUACUGCAGUCGGACACGUUAUUUUGUCUUGGUGUUAACAAUGCUGUGGCUGCUUGUUCCUGCUUCCUCUUUGCACGGUAGUGUCAACUUUCCUCUGAGAAAAUAUGACGUGAAAAAAUCUUUCCAUCCUGUAUGCAUUGAAUAUUAUACAGACAAAGGGUUUUUUGUUUACGAGCCUGUUGUAGAAUAAAUAAAGGUUGGGAUUUAAAGGGAAAAA